AUGUCUACCAUGCUUCAAAUCAGAGAUCUCCUCAACCCGGUGACACCCGAACCAUCGGACGGUUCCUCAGAUGAGGCUUGCGUCCAAGUGUCGCCCGGGCGCAUCGCUGCGGGCAGCGCAUCAGCCAGACACCCAGUGCGGCCUCGGGAGUGGUCCUCCAAGCCAGGGAGGCAAAGAGGACCGGUCAACUUUAUGCCCUUUGAAGAAGGGCUAAGUCCAGAUAUGAUUCAGCAGAUUGCCAUGUUUCAGGUGCGAACAUUCGGACAGAUCCGACAGUCUUGCGAGCACAUCCCAUACAACAGCUCCAAGAAAGACUUCUUUGGGAAGACGGGUCGUGAGAGCAUAGAUGUGCUCAAAUACGAGUUCCGCUCCCAAUCAGACCCCCCCGGAGACUUUACCGUCAUGUGGGAUUACGAUGUUGGCCUGGUCAGAAUCACCCCCUUCUUUAAAUGUCUGGGAUACGCCAAGACCAAACCUUCACAGAUGCUGGACAAGAAUCCGGGACUAAGAGACAUCACACCAAGUAUCACAGGAGGAGCAGUUUCAGCCCAAGGAUACUGGAUGCCCUAUAAAUGUGCCAGGGCCAUCUGCGCCACCUUCUGCUACCCCAUUGCUCCCGCCCUCAUCCCACUCUUCGGCCCAACAUUCCCAUCGGAAUGCCGCAUCCCCGGCAGCCCCGGCUAUAGGGACAUGACGAUCGAUCCUCGAAUCAUAGAGGAAGCAACGCGGGACGCGCUCAGCUCGCGCUCGCUGCGCCUGGAGCCAAGUUCGCCGUUCGCACCUCGGCCCGCCCUACCGCCGAAGCAUCAGCAUCGCCACGUCCUCGAGCCUAGGCCCGACCAACGCUCGUACGAGAGAAGACUCCCCGGACAGGAAUGUGAGAGGCUGAUGCAACCGAGUCCACAGCGCCUUCCAUCAUCCUGGAAGCCGGUGAACGCCGCCACGUCGCCCAUCACGCCGCCGCGGUCCGCUAACAGCCAGCGGCCCCUCAUCUCUGGUAACAUGGAUAGAUUCCGGAAUCACCAGUAUGUUGAGGACGGCCGACAUGCGCUGGCUCUCGCCGGAGAUGAGUCUCCCGAGCAUCGGCGCACGCAUCCGCGAGAGUUGGCUGGCCGGGAGUACCCGAUCACACCGGCUCGCCCACAUCUCCACGCGGCCGAGGGAUACGGGCUCAAGAGAAGGUACGUAUCACCGGUGAUUGUGGACUUCAGCGGCCACUCGUCGGGGGAUCGUGAUGUGAGGCCAGCCUCGCGAGGAGAGCCAAAUCCUCGGAAGCGGACCCAGAGGGACGGCUCGAGGAGGAUAGAGGACUACCAUGCCGCAAGUGCCCUGGUAGGACUGCAGGGGGAGGCGCAUAUCCGCUCACGCGGGUAG